AUGGACCAAAAUCAAAAACCCAUAAGUGUUCUUGAAACUCUAGGUGAAGAACUCAUCAGAAUUAUAACACCAGUCUCAAUAUGUAUGCUAUUGGUUGUAAUUCUUGUUACAGUACUGAAUACGGAUUCAGAUGGGUCAUCCCUUACCACCAUAGCCACCAUAGCUUAUAGUGAGAGCAGUUCAGAUUCUAUUUGGGAUAAGCUCAAAGAAUGGACAACUUGGGUGCUUUUGAUUGCCAUGGCAUUGUAUGAUCUUGCUGCUGUUUUGUUGCCCGGUGGACCUUUGAGGCUCUUGGUAGAGCUUGCAAUAGAUCGGGAUGAAGAUAUCCCUGCAUUAGUUUACGAGGCUCGUCCAGUUAUUAAUAACGAUACAUUGCCAAGUGGCGAUGUCGUGCAAAGAAGGGUAUGGAGAGAAAGAAGGAAUACAGGUUCUGCUUUGGAUGAAGAUUCGGAUGUGAGGCCUAACUUUAAUCCGAAUACUAGUCCUGUUACUAAUUCAAAUACUAUUCUGGGGACAUAUUUAUCUGUUGGAAGUGGUGAGAAUGAGAUUAAUUCUGUUAAUGGUGAAGAGGGUCAGGUUUUUAGUGGGGACGCAGAACUCGCUGCACCUCUUAUUCAACAUAGAAUAAAUGUCAGGAUGAAUUCAGUGGAAGAUGCUAGUCCAAGUGAAAAUUUUGCUCUCCAAGAAAUUGGCUUGGGAUCCUCGGGUGCAAUUAAGCUCGGGUUGGGUGACUUCAUCUUUUACAGUGUUUUAGUUGGUCGGGCUGCAAUGUAUGAUUUCAUGACGGUUUAUGCAUGCUACCUUGCAAUUAUAGCUGGUCUUGGUGUAACUCUGAUACUCCUUGCUGUGUAUCGGAAAGCUUUGCCUGCUCUUCCAGUGUCCAUUAUGCUAGGUGUGUUAUUUUAUUUGUUGACACGGCUAUUACUCGAAGUUUUUGUUGUUCAAUGUUCUUUGAAUCUGUUGAUGUUUUAG